AUGAUCAUGCUGAUCUGCUACAGCGUGCUUUCGUUCUUCUUCUAUCUGCUCAUCCCUGCCGGGCUGCAUCGUGCAAUCUGGUACACGUUGGUAGCGCUUCAGACGUUCACUGCGCUCUCCGUAUCUACAGAAGCCAUGCAAAGUAUUCGACCGUCGAUCAAUGCACGAAAGGCAUGGCGUCACGCAAAGGCGCACGGCUUCAAGCUCGAGGACGGUCAGGAGUGGCCUUUUAUCGAUGUUGUGCUUGUGGCCUACCUUCCCAACGAGCAAGAGAUCAUCAUGCGACAGGUCAAGUACGCUCUUCGCGAGCUCAACUACCCCGCUCACCGUAUGACGGUCAAUGUCUGCUACAACACGCCGUAUCCCAUCGAACCCAUCGAGACUGAACUCCGCGACCUUGCCAAGGAGCGCCCCAACCUGCGUAUCAUCAAGGUGCCCAAGUCCACUUCCAAGGCCGACAACAUUAACCACUUUCUCACUCUCGAUGGAAAAGGCGAAAUUAUCACUCUCUACGACACGGAUCACUAUCCGGAACCGGAUGCGCUUCGCUGGGUCGCCAAGCGCUUCAUGCAGGGAGGUGUGGAUAUUAUCCAGGGCAGAUGCUGUAUUUACAACUACUCGGAAACCUUCAUGACGCGUCUGAUCGCUUCUGAGUUUGACCUCAUCUACGGUGUCAUGCACUCUGGUCGUGCCGAGAUCCAAGGUUAUGGUUUCUUCGGUGGCUCCAAUGGACACUGGAACGCAUCGCUGCUUCGCACGCUGGGUAUGCAGAAGCACAUGUUGACCGAAGACAUUGACUCAUCAUUACGCGCCAUCAUUUCCGGUGCUCGUAUCGAGUAUGACCUCAAAGUGCUUUCCUACGAACUCGCCCCGGAAACGCUCCCAGCUCUCGUCAAGCAGCGUCUGCGUUGGGCACAAGGCUGGACCCAAGUCGCUUUCCGACACGCGUUGCCUUCCAUCCGUCGUGGUGCGUAUUCUGACGGCAACGGUUGGCGUUCACGUAUCGGCCUCUUCCAGCUCCUUCUCUACCGCGAGUUCUAUUUUUACAUCAACUCGCAGCUCGUCUUCAUGUUGGCUUCCGGUAUCUGCUACAACAUUCCUACACAAGGUUUGACGCGCUACUUCGAGGACUUUGGCGGUUACUCUUUGUCAAUGUUCGCCCUGGCAGCCAACUUGAUCUGCUUGGGUUUGACCGUGUGUAUCCAAGCUAGAAAUCGGUCACACUUUACUCACAUGGGCGGGAUCAUCAUGUUUGCGCUCUGCACGCCCAUCUGGUACUCAGUCACCUCGUUGAUGGCCAUCUUCUGCCACUUCCGCGAAUUUAUCAAGUUCGAAAAGUGGAACCCUACUGCUCGUACUUCGGCCAACUCCAAGACCAACACUUCGGCUGCCAACUCGGCAGCUACCUCACAAGUCGCUUCGAAGCGCAACAGUACCUCUGCAUGA